CGCCGCCAAGAUGGCUGGAGUUUGUAGUUUGAGCGAGAGGAGGAAGCCGUUGCCCGGGCUUCCUCCGCGCCCUCUUCCCGGACUCCGUUUCCCGGCGGCCCUCGCGAGGCGCCUCCCUCGGCCGCCCUCUCCGCCCUCGGCUCGGCACCGCCGUCCCUCCCUUUCGGCGGAGACAUUUGCGAAGCCUUUUUCCAAGAUGGCGGCCUGGGGAAGGAGGCGCGCGGGGCCCGGCAGCUCCAGCGGCGGCGCCGCCCGGGAGAGGGUCUCCUUAUCUGCCACGGACUGUUAUAUUGUUCACGAAAUCUACAACGGGGAGAAUGCCCAGGACCAGUUUGAAUACGAGCUGGAGCAAGCUUUGGAAGCCCAGUACAAGUACAUUGUGAUUGAGCCCACCCGCAUCGGGGACGAGACGGCCCGCUGGAUCACGGUGGGGAACUGCCUGCACAAGACGGCGGUGCUGGCUGGCACGGCCUGCCUCUUCACCCCUCUGGCUCUCCCCGUGGAUUAUUCCCACUACAUCUCUCUGCCGGCCGGCGUGCUCAGCGUGGCCUGCUGCACCCUCUAUGGGAUCUCUUGGCAGUUUGACCCCUGCUGCAAGUAUCAGGUGGAGUACAACGCCUACAAACUCUCCCGCCUGCCGUUGCACACGCUGACCACCUCCACCCCCGUUGUGCUAGUGAGGAAGGACGAUCUGCACAGGAAGAGACUGCACAACACGAUAGCCCUGGCGGCCCUGGUGUACUGUGUAAAGAAGGUGUACGAACUCUACGCCGUAUGAUCGCGGCUAAGAAAGGGGGAAACCCGUCCGAACCAAUAAGGUGUAUUAAGGACUCCUACAGGAACAUUCGACUUUUUUCCUCUUGAAGUGGUGCCUGGAAACCGUUUUGGUUUACCCGAUUAUUAUUAUUGUUGCUUUGGUUAUUAUUUUCUUUUGGGGGGGGGGGGAAGAAACAAUCACACGUCACAGAUGCAUCAAGGGAUGUCUGUUAUUUUUGUAUGCCCCAGACCUAGAUCCGGAACAGGAUGAGCAAGGAAGACGGUCGUGGGGUCUCGUUGAAAGCAAAACAAUACAGGGGGUUGGGUAGAUUUGGGUUCUUCCACCCCGCACCCCCCCUUGGGAAAACCCUUAAGUAUCUUGUUUCAUUGUAUUCUACAGAACCAGCUCAAAGAUAUCACUGACCUUUCAUUAAAGGAUGACAAUUUCAAA